UGAUGGAAAUAAUCUCCGAAUUUGGAUAAAACCUGUUUGCCUAAUCUAGCUGAUGUUGCUGCUGAUUUGAUUUUGCUUUCUCUUGGUUUUGGGAAUAUCCAAGUUUUACAAUCUAGUGAAGACGACGAACUUAGCUACCAUGAAUCUGUGUUUUCAAAGUCCCGUAGAGUGUGGUCAUCGUAGUUCCUCCUUCUCCGCGUUGAAGACCUCGAAUUUCGGGUGUUACAAACUGGGUUCUUCGAAUUUAGGGUUUCAUGUUCGAGUUUUUGAGAAUCGGAAGACGAAGCAGCCUAAGGUUACGGUGAAUUCUGUUUCUUCAAGUGCGGUUGGUACAGUAGAAAGGACGGAGAGAGAUGAAAGAAGAGGAGGCGAGAGUGUGUACGACGCCAUUGUCAUCGGCUCUGGGAUUGGAGGGUUGGUUGCUGCGACUCAGCUAGCUGUCAAAGAAGCUAGGGUUUUAGUUCUGGAGAAGUAUUUGAUUCCUGGUGGGAGCUCUGGCUAUUACGAAAGAGAGGGAUAUACUUUUGAUGUUGGCUCUUCUGUGAUGUUUGGUUUCAGCGAUAAGGGGAACCUGAACUUGAUUACUCAGGCGUUGAAGGCAGUUGGCCGCAAGAUGGAGGUUAUACCUGAUCCUACCACUGUCCAUUUCCAUCUUCCCAAUGAUCUCUCUGUUCGUAUCCAUAGAGAAUACGAUGACUUCAUCGCUGAACUUACCAGCAAGUUUCCCCACGAAAAGGAAGGGAUCCUUGGAUUCUAUGGCGACUGCUGGAAGAUCUUCAACUCAUUGAACUCCCUGGAGCUUAAGUCACUAGAAGAGCCUAUUUACCUUUUUGGACAGUUCUUUCAGAAACCGCUUGAAUGCUUAACACUCGCUUAUUAUUUGCCGCAAAAUGCUGGGGCCAUAGCUCGGAAGUACAUAAAGGAUCCUCAGCUAUUGUCUUUCAUUGAUGCAGAGUGUUUCAUUGUGAGCACAGUCAAUGCUCUACAGACGCCAAUGAUCAAUGCAAGUAUGGUUUUAUGUGACAGGCACUACGGAGGAAUUAACUACCCGGUUGGUGGCGUUGGUGGGAUUGCCAAGUCUUUGGCAGAAGGACUUGUUGAUCAGGGCAGUGACAUACUCUACAAAGCUAAUGUGAAAAGCAUAAUACUUGAUGAUGGAAAGGCUGUCGGUGUUAGGCUAGCAGAUGGAAGAGAAAUUUUCGCCAAAACAAUAAUUUCAAAUGCUACAAGAUGGGAUACAUUUGGGAAGCUUUUAAAAGGAGAAAAACUUCCAAAAGAAGAAGAAAAUUUCCAGAAAGUCUAUGUCAAGGCUCCAUCAUUUCUUUCAAUCCACAUGGGUGUUAAAGCAAAGGUUCUCCCUCCAGAUACAGAUUGCCAUCAUUUUGUGCUAGAGGACGAUUGGAAGAAUCUAGAGGAGCCUUAUGGUAGUAUUUUCCUUAGCAUUCCAACCAUUCUUGAUCCAUCUUUGGCUCCAGAUGGUCGACAUAUACUUCACAUAUUUACAACUUCCUCAAUUGAGGAUUGGGAGGGACUCCCUCCAAAAGAGUAUGAAGCAAAAAAGGAAGAAGUGGCAGCUAGGAUAAUACAGAGGCUAGAGAAAAAGCUGUUUCCAGGGCUCAGUUCAUCUAUUACGUUUAAAGAGGUGGGAACACCAAGGACACACAGACGAUUUCUUGCUAGGGAUAAGGGAACUUAUGGGCCAAUGCCGAGAGGAACCCCAAAAGGUUUAUUAGGCAUGCCGUUCAAUACAACGGCUAUUGAUGGUCUAUACUGCGUGGGGGAUAGCUGCUUUCCUGGUCAGGGAGUUAUAGCUGUGGCAUUUUCAGGAGUGAUGUGUGCUCAUCGGGUAGCUGCUGAUAUUGGGCUUGAGAAGAAAUCACGGGUACUUGAUGUUGGCCUUCUUGGUUUACUUGGUUGGCUAAGGACACUCGCAUAAAUCUAGUGAUUGGUUAUACUUGCCUUGUACGUACAACGCCUAAUUUGAAAGAGAGAGACAGAGAUCACAAUUCAAUGAAAAUGUUCCCGGUCGGUAAGAUUCGAUGAGACCGAAACUUGCUGUCUCAACGAUCCUCCUACUAGUUGCUAAAAAGUAAAAAGAGAGUCCAUUGAAUUUAUGCUUUUGGACCUUUGAUUUGUGCUGCCGAUAUUGAGAAUAACAGGGCCCUGGAGUUUUUGGUGAACCAAUGUGCAAUGAGGACCCACUUGCAACCACUCGGGCCGAGUAAAUAAUCUGUAAUGAGAAAUAGUACCCAAUAUUCCAAUCUGAGAACGUGCUCACUUUUAGAAUUAUUCAGAGGCCGUAAGAUUAACCGGAGGCAAAUGAGUGAUCCUUGUGCUUAAGGUGUGAUUAGUUUGGAGGCAAAAGAGAGACCCAUAUAUGUGCUAAAGGUGUUUGUAUUCUGGGUUAGCAAUUGUACCAAAUAACGGUGAUGGAUAGAAGUCAUAAUAAAACAUUAACUUAUUAUUAAUAGAUGGAAUAUUAAAAAGCA